AACCAGCAUCAUUAUAAUGAACUACAAAAUAUCAAUCAUCAUCAUUAUCAUCUACUACAAAAUAUCAAUCAACAUCAUUAUCUUGAACUACAACAUAUCAAUCAACAUCAUUAUCCUGAACUACGAAAUAUCAAUCAACAUCAUUAUCUUGAACUACAAUAUAUCAAUCAACAUCAUUAUCCUGAACUACGAAAUAUCAAUCAACAUCAUUAUCUUGAACUACAAUAUAUCAAACAGCAUCAUUAUAAUGAACUACAAAAUAUCAAUCAUCAUCAUUAUCAUGAACUACAAAAUAUCAAUCAACAUCAUUAUCCUGAACUACGAAAUAUCAACCAGCAUCAUUAUAUUGAACUACAAUAUAUCAAUCAACAUCAUUAUCUUGAACUACAAAAUAUCAAUCAUCAUCAUUAUCAUGAACUACGAAAUAUCAAUCAACAUCAUUAUCCUGAACUUCGAAAUAUCAAUCAACAUCAUUAUCUUGAA